UACAUUUUGGGGUUGUGCCAUUUUCUAAUGUAAAUGCUGUACCUUUUGGUUUGUGCCAUUUUUUAUGGAUACUUCUGUACGCUUUGGCUCCGCUAAAACGCCCGGUGGGGGAAAUGAGGGAAAGAAAAGUAUAUAAUAAAGCCAACUUCAGCGAUAUACAUCAUUGUAUAUCACGGCAGUACGAAGGAAUAAACUUUAAUAAGAUUUGUGUGUACGAAUAGUAUUUUGUGUAAAAUUGUAGUUAUAAUAACGUGAACCAACAAUGACUUCAUUUAUCGAUUGAAGCAUAUUUGUGCAUUUGUGAUGUACGAAAAUAGUCAUUACUGCAAUGGAAACAGAUUUAUUGCUUUGGUCGAAUGUCUCCAAUGAUCAAGUUUUUCAAGAAUUUCUCCACGCUUGCAUCGACGAGGUCUGCGGCCGGAGAGGGCCGUCGUACGACACGUUCAGGACGUCUUGCAGUUGGACGGAGGAUGAGUUCUCGUCGGCGGCGAGAGGCGUCCGCGCGCUUGUGCGCGGGACCGGCCGGGACGACGGGGAGGUUUUGCAGCUUCUCCCGGACUUGCCUGCCAGCCGUCAGAAAGUGGUCCUGGAAUGCCUCGAGGUACGGAGAAGCGACAUUUCGCAGGCCCUGCGGCAAGAACAGUGCCGGAUCUCCGGCCCGGCACUUGAAGAUUUCGACUGGAAGUUGAAGUGGGUGAUGGGCAGCAGUUCGCUGUCCGCGCUGAGGGAGCCGCUGCUGGAGGUGGAUCUCCACCUGUCGGAGGGGCGAGGGGAGCCGGGGAGGACCAAGCCGUCCGUGCUGAGCCUGGAGCUGGACUGCGCCGAGCUGAAUGUCCUCGUGACCGCGCUGGAGAAGGCCCGGGACAGCCUGAAGACGUGACCGAGGUUUUGAAGAAACUUUCUCAAUCCCCCGAGUUUUCCUGUUUUCCAGAUUCUCCCUAUCUGUGAGUACCCUGUUGAAACAUGUCUUUAUAAAGAUGUGGAAUUGGCACAAACCGAAGAAGCCAUGAUAGAUUAAGAGAUUAUUCAUGUUCAAGAUAAGUAUAUAUUGUAUGUUAUUAUUACCCAAAUUAUUUGAGUUUGUGUGAGAACACAACCUUUCAGUAGUAUUUUCCUUCAACUUUGCAGUAAACACGUUUUCAAAAUCAAGUCACAUGUGGUGGUUGUACUAACACAUUUUGCAACCCAGUUUUUAUAAUUUUGUAAUAGUCAUUAACAUAUUGUUUUAGUAAAGUGUAAAUUAGUCUCAAAUCAAAACGAUGAUACAUUUUUGGUCAGAAACACUUUAAUGAUGUUCACUAACAGUUUAAUUGAAAUUUAGUGUACACUUACAUGUCUAUUAUCGAAGGAAAUUCCAAUUUAAAGAAUACAGCAUAUUGUAACUGGCCUAAAUGUUAAGUUUUUGGAUGUGUACUGUAGUGUUUUUGUUGUAGGACAUUUAAAAUUCUAUUACUGGUAACUGUAUCUUGCAAUCCUGUUUUCAAGUUUUAUGAUUUGCACACAUUUAUUGUGGCUGUAAAGUACCAAACAUUUACUACUUUCAGCGACAAAACUAAUGUUUUCCCAUUGUUUCCUGUGUUAAGGGUCAGUCUCACGUGCCAAGUUUAUAAUUUUUUCUUUAGUCUUUGCUUUUAUUUAAAGGCAUAUUUCUAAAAUUUUAAUUCUAUACCUCCCUUGCAUUUAUCAUGCAUAUUUGUUUACUCAUGUUAUUACACUAAGUGAAAAUCUGUUGUAAAUAUUUGUGGCAGUACAAUACUGCAAGGAAGGUAUCGAGUCAAAAUUUUAGAAAUAAACUUUUAAAUAAAAAGAAUGACAAUAAAAAAAAUUGUGACUGGUCGAAUCAGAAUCUUGAAUUUGAAUCCCAGAUAAGUACCUCAAAUGUAACCCUCGAAUCUGCAUCUGUGUGUAGAGGGUUGAAAAUAAAAUAAUGUACGAAAUAAUUAAAAAUAUUAAUAUACCCUUUUAAAUAAUUUGUCUGGUAAACAGACAUUAGUGUAGAAUUUUUUUAUUUCCUCUAACAUUUUUUUCUUAUUUUUUUUCUCACAUACAGAAUUCUUUUAAUUCUAAGAAUCUGAUGGUAUCUGAGAAUUUGAUUGGCCCCAAAAAAAAAAAAAACAUGACAGGUGAAAUCUACCUGUAAGCACAUUGAUGAAAUAUGUGGGGAAAAAAGUUUUGUGCCCUGGAAAUAUGUGAGGAAUCUAUUAUAAUGUGAUUUUUGUUUUGUAAGAAAUGGAAAGUUUGACUUUUUUAGUCUCGUGCCGUGGAAAUAUGUGAUGAUUUCUUUUUAUCUGUGAUUUUUGUAACAAUACUGUGCCAUAAAUGAUGUACAGUAUAGUCUCACUAAUCCGGAACCCGCUCACCCGGACACUUGGUUAAUCCAGAUGGAAUUUAACAUUUCACUUAACUUUCCUCCCUUUAUUAAAACUGAUUAACUGUAAUGUACCGUGGUUUUUGUUGUUACCGUACAAUCAAUCCAUUUUUAAUUUAAUCACAAAGAUGUUAAAAACUUAAGUCUGCAUAUUCAUUAGUUUUAUCCAUCUAAACAGUGUAUUACGUGCACUUUAAGAAAAAAUUGCAUUUAAUCCAAAAUCUUGGUUAUCUGUAAAGAGGUUGGUUCCACCAAUCCGGAUUAGCGGGACAGCCUUAUACUAUGGUUGGUUGAAUUAGGUUUUAUGUACAGUGAAGAGGUUAAAAUGUGUUCUAUAACUAUGAUAUAAAUGUCCUAAAAAAAAAUUGAGGGUUCUUAUUUUGGUUUUGGCUGUCCAGUCAUGGCACGGCAUAAUGUGGCAGUGUCUGCCCUCAGUUAUUGUCUGUUUCCCAAAAUACUUACACAUUUCGUUGUGAUGUUUCUCUGGAGGCCUGGAGUCUUGUCUGUAUGGUAUUGGAUACAGUAGAACCCUGUUAUAGCAUUUAUUUUCAAGGGGGCGUAAGGAAAAAAAAUCAUUAUAAGCAGGAAAUAUCAAUUUAUCACUUGUCAGUGUUUGAAUAUUUAUUACCAAUGGACUCAUCAUGCUAUGUAAACAAAAUAAUAUUAAAAGCACUGAUGAGUAUACUCGAUGGUCAAAUUUGCAUGACCAAGCCAACAAUUUUUUUUUGUGCAUAAAUGCUUCCAGAUUCUAUUUUAUUUGUCCUUAAAGGCACACUGCCACAUUUCUGUAAAAUUCUCUCGUGAUUCUUGACGAAGAGGUUUAGAGUGUGAAUGCCUAUUUCCAAUUCCUUCGCCUCUUAAUAACGAAUAAUUUUGACAAACUAAAAUAUUGUACGACUACGUACUUGCAACUAAUAAAACACUAGAAUGGCAAGGAACUUAAUGAUUUUUUUUUCCAAGACAACAGUGAAUGUUUUGUACCUGUCACACACAAAGUAUUAGCCAGCAAUAACAUGUAAUGCUAGUGUUCUUGACUUUUUGAAAUAUCUUUAGCUAUGAUAUGUUUGUAAAAACCUUUGCAUUUAUUGAAUUCUAGAAAACAAACAUUGUUAAGCAGGUACUGCACCUUUUGUAAAAAAAUACACUCACAGGAAAUAAAUUCUUUGACUUUAUGGAUAAAAUGUUGAGACUUAAUAUGAUGUAAUUAGCAGAAAACGAAUAUAUGCAAGAUUUAUGAAUUAAAUUUUAAAAUGUGA